CACAUCCCGGUUGGUGCACUUGAAACUUAUCAGUCACUUGAAAAAUAGGGGUGCAGUAUAAAAUUCCAGGAACGAGUUAUCUAAACAUUUCUCCCACAUGGCGUCCGGCGAUUCCAAAAUGGCAGACAAAGAUAAAUCUCUACACGCUCCUAUGGAAUGGGCUCAAAGAAAAGACAAACUGUAUCUGACCAUUGAUGUGGACGAUGUUGUAGAACCUCAAAUAGAGCUCACUGAAACGACGUUAACAUUUAGAGCGAGAGGAGGUGCAGAGAAAAAAUGGUAUGAGGCUAAAGUUGAAUUCUUCAAAGAAGUCGAUCCCAAGGAAUCAAAAUAUACAGUCCUCCCUAGAAAUGUCCCAUUUGUUAUAAAAAAGAAAGAAGAGGGUCAUUUCUGGCCACGAUUAAUUAAAGAUAAAGUUAAGGUACAUUGGAUAAAGACAGAUUUUAACAAAUGGAAGGAUGAAGAUGAUUCAGAUUAUGAAGAUGAUACAGGCGACAUGGAUUUAGAAGCAAUGAUGUCAAAGAUGGGUGGCUUAGGUGGAAUGGAUAACCCUAUGGGAAUGAUGAACAACAUGGGAGGAAUGGGAAUGGAUGGUCCAGAUGUUGGUGGCAGAGACUCUGAAGACAGUGAUGAUGAGGACUUACCUGACUUAGAGUAAAGGAAAGCCAUUCAAGAUUCAAGGUUAUGAAGAGAUGAAAUCCUCUGUAAGAAAAAGUCAUCCGACGUGACUAUGUGUUUCACCAUUAGGAGGAUUGGAAUUUUACUGACUUUCAAUUGUUUCCAGCUUUUUUAUAGUUACGUGUGUAUAUACCUGGUACAUCAAAUAUAACAUGUAUAUACAGGACAUGAUUAAUAUUUUUUUUCGUACUCAAACAUAACAAAAAUUCAUCGUGUGAUUAUGGAACCUCCGGACGUUAUUGCUGUACAUCGGUGUUAAUUAUUUGCAGAUUUAUUCAUGCCUAUCUCUUUUAGAGGGGGAUAGGGUAUUAUUAGAUGCCUCGGCUGAGAGGGGUACCUUGGAAAUCGUUUUCAGCAGACUCAUUUAUCACAACGCAUUUCACUUGUAAUCACUAUCUACAUGUGUUUUUCAGUUGGAUGUACCGUAAUCAUGUUUAAAGUUAGAAGAAAAAGAUUAAAAUUGUUUCCUAAUUUUU